UCCUCCUCCUCCUCCCUCUGCGUUGUUCUUCCACUUUGUGUCCGCGCCGUGUUGUUGUUGUUGUUGUUGUGUGGUCGUCGGAAAAUCUUGGGAGAAGGGUGUGUGUGUCGGGAGGUGAUAGCAGUAGACAUGGUCGCUCUGGUGUCCCAAGAGAACAUGGUCACCCCCACUCUGGUGUCUCGCACCGGCAGGCACCUGCAGCGGUACAGCAAGCAUGGCUCUCGCCAAGUCGUCGGGUGCAUCCCGUACAGAUACAAGAGCAGAGAAGGUGGUUCUUUGGUGGGCGAGAAGGAAGUGGAGGUGCUUGUCAUAAGUUCCCAGAAAGGGAAAGGCCUGCUGUUUCCCAAGGGAGGUUGGGAAAUGGAUGAAUCCAUCAUAGCCGCAGCUGUGCGGGAGACCAUGGAGGAAGCCGGCGUCCGAGGUACUAUUGAGAAGCAAUUAGGUAAAUGGAGUUUCAAAAGCAAGAGCCAGGACGCGGUUUACGAAGGAUACAUGUUCCCGUUGCUCGUGAUCGAGCAGCUGGAAAACUGGCCGGAGAAGAAUGUCCGUGAAAGACACUGGAUGAACGUGAGAGAAGCUAGAGAGAAAUGUCAGCAUGGGUGGAUGAAGGAAGCCCUGGACGUUCUAGUGAACCGUAUCGCAUCUAAGGAAGGAGAUCGUCCCUCGCUGUGACAUUGCUCGAUCGGACUGUGUAUAUAGGAUCAUAGUGAUCACUGAACGGAGUAAAAGAGAUAGAGUCACAACUUUUUCGAUCCCAAGCAGUUUGGGGAGAGGAUUAGGGGUUGUGAAGUUGUAUCGUUUAGAUACACUGAGGCGGGCCGUUGGAGCUAGUAGAGGUUCAGGAACGAGUUCGUCCGUGUGUUCAAGCCAAAUGUAUAGCAUUGUUUCUCAUGGCAAAAGGAUCCGUGAAAUCGCUCGCCCCACUUAAUUUUCAAGUGAUUGUACAACGUCGUUUUUUCAGUCUUUUUCCAUCCUUUUGGUCCUCGCUAACAUCACGAAUUGAAAUCUGUGAGGAAUGUAAAGGAGACAAAACAGAGCAAUGAGUAAACUGAUUAUUGCUGUGAAA